UCAUGUCAUGUGUGAGUGUGUGAGGGAGAAAGGAAAUAAAAAAUAGAUAAUCUAAAUAAAAAAAAUCUCAACAAAAAUUAUAUUAAUUAUUCAACAUCUGUUGGCCUUUAUUAAAAAGAUAACAAAGUACUUGAUAAAACUGCUAUUUAUAAAAAAUAUCGGUAUCGUUGCUGUGAUAUCGAUUUUUUGCUGAGAAUUACUCAACAGAUUUUUUUGGUCAAGUCUUUAAACUGUAUAAAUGAUUCCAUUAAACAUAGUUACAUCAUAUUGAAUACGUUAUCAAAUAAUGUUGCAGGACGUACGAUAUUCCAUUCAAACAUGUAAACAAUAUUUACAUAGUAUCGAGAACUAUGUAUAACUUAACGAUGGAGCAAGACCCUACGGGUGCUUCUAUGGAAAAUUUGUACCCGGCCCUAGCACAAUGUUUUGUUAUAAUAAUAUGCGGUUAUUCCGCUGGUCGAAUGAACCUGAUCUCGGAGACAGAAGCGAAAGGUAUCAAUACCUUUGUGGGCACAUUUUCCCUGCCCUCGCUCAUAUUCAUGUCUUUGGCUGAGCUCGAAUUGAGCCAAGUGAAUUGGUUGUUCCUGUUAUCGAUACUUGUAUCGAAAAGUAUUAUAUUCUUUUCUGUGAUAGUAAUAACACUACUAGUCGGCAGGCCUCUGAAGUUUGGAAGAGCCGGUAUCUUUGCCAUUUUCUGCACACAGAGCAAUGAUUUUGCCAUUGGGUACCCUAUUGUUGCCGCUUUAUAUAAAACUACACAUCCUGAAUAUGCAAAUUACCUCUACCUGAUGGCUCCGAUAAGUCUUGCUAUUCUCAACCCUAUCGCGUUUGUUUUAAUGGAAAUUGGCAAACGACGUGCUGUCCACAAUUCCGAGGAACUGCUUAUAAAUGAUGGGGAGCUGCCUAAUACUCGUUCUAUCCACAACGAACGAUUCAGACUGGUCUUGUCUGUGGCAAAAAGUAUUUUCUUCAACCCCAUUAUACUGAUGACUAUUUUAGGGGUGUUGGGCAACUUUAUUUUUAGGCACAAAGUGCCCCUUUACUUGAAAGGAACUUUGGAGGUUCUAGGGUCCGCUUUUUCGGCGAGCGCCUUGUUCUUGCUGGGGUUAAGGAUGGUGGGAAAAGUGCACAAAUUACGGGGUGCCACGUUGGUCCUUCCUGGAAUCCUCAUAAUGGUCAAGCUACUUGCCUUGCCGCUGGUAACCCGAGAGGUGAUAAGCAUCAUUCAUGCCGGUUUCAACAAAUCUGAAACCGUUGACCUCAGCACGUAUGGAUUUUUGUACGGCACCUUUCCAUCCGCUCCUACAGUAUUCGUAUUUGCUACGCAAUACGUGAUAGACGUAGAUCUGAUCGCUAGCGCUAUGGUCGUGUGCACUUUCGUCAGUGCUCCUUUGAUGUUUGUUUCGGCCAAAAUGAUAACGAUUACAAAUUGCAAUCCGUCGGAAUACAUUAAACAGUUGGAUGCUUUCACUUUGGACGUGAGCAUCAUCGGCUUGAUCGCUUGUGUCUGGGUCAUCUUAGUCUUCAUUUUGACUAAGAAAAUCUUUAGAAUACCCCACAAGAUCACGGCCUGUUUAGUUGUGUCUCAGUUGAUAAGCUGCAUUGGCGCUAUUCUGUGGAACACACUGAGCCAGAAAGCGGGUUGGGCGGGGUAUGUCCAGUUUUCACUCUUCGCCGUCGGCGUGUACAGUUCUAGGCUGUGGACGACCAUCUUAGCGGUUACGUUGUUGUUCCUGCAGUGCCGAAGCCUUUGCUACAUCUUAAAACUGCAACCGGUGUUUGUGUUGAUAGGCUGGGGAUUGCCCUUGUCUCUAGCGGCUCUACUUCUGAUAUUCGACAAGGAGGCGACUGUGCGUUCGGACGACAGGAAUCCGAAUUUCAUAUACGGCGCCUCACAAGCGAUCAUGUCUGUCUCGCUGCUAGUUCUGUGCUUUAUCGUCACCGUAGGUUGUCUCAUCCUCCACCAGAGAUACAGGCGGCGUUUUUCGCGCUACCUAGACCUAGCGAAUGACGUGGCGUCUGACCAGGAGCCGUCUCAGUCCACUCCCGAGGCCGAAACGACGACUGAUACAGCAGUGAUUAGUCCGAAUCCGAGCACCAGUUCGGAUAGCGGAGUCGGUUCUGUCAAAGCCCAGAAAUGUCGCAGUCUGCCCACGAUAACGGAGGGGUGUUGUGAAGAUAAGGAGAGCCCCGUGACGGAUAUCGAAGAUCUUCUAGCGGAUAAGGCCGCUAAGGAGAGAGACGGGGAUUUCAAGAGUUUUAUAGCUGCCUCUCCCGACGAUAGUCUCAGUCCGUCGAGGGACGGUUUUUGCCCGUCCCGCUUUGGAUGCGGGGGCCCCAAGAGAGAAACCUGUCAGGGUAUCGUACGGCAGUACCAGGAACAAAUCGACGACGAUUUGGAGCUGAUCGAGGAGGAACCCGAGUCUCAUGAACCCCAAAUUCUCCGACACACCGUCCUGCUGAUUUUACUCUUGUGCUCCAUGUUUGUGGGUAUGGCGCUGUCGAUUUGGACGCUGGUCAUCGAGCAGAUGUCGGGGAUAUACGUGGAGCUGUCGUUCUUGGACGCCACGUUGAACUUUGGACAGAGCAUCAUCGUAUUCGCCAUCUUCGGCCUGGAUACCAAAGAGAUCGUACUGCUCGUCCUCAAAUAUUGGCGGAAACUGUGGUAUGGCGCCAACACUUUGACUUUGCCCGCUUGGCACGAGCUCAGUCCGAAAACGAAGCACAUCUGCGACCAGUUCGUCACCCACCACCUGGUGAACUGCCGCAACGCCAUCGCUGUGGACAAAAGAUGGAGGUUGAAGGUCUACAAGAACGUAUUCUCGGGUCAUACGUUUGUCGAUUGGCUCGUGGAGGUAGGUUUAGCUAGGGACAGGGUGGAGGCGGUGCACUACGCCAGACACCUCAUCGAGGGUAAGGUCUUGAAGCACAUCAACGGCGUUUAUCACUUUUACGACAGGAACCUGCUUUACACUUUCGUGUAAUCGCACCAACGACGGUAAUUUUAAGUUCCAAAGUAUUGUUUUCCAGUUAACGUUUUUUUUGUUGAAAUGGUGACAAAAGUAUUUUUAUAAUGAUUAUUUCUCAGGUUGAUAAGUAUUUUCUACGGGGCGUUUCAAAUUCGACGAAACUGGGCGGAAUGACCGAAAUAUUUUCAGAGAAUUGUCGAAUUGUACGGAUUGAAGUUUAAAUAGAAUUUGAAGCGCCACAUACUUUUAUUGUUAUGAAUUUAGACGUAUUUUUGUAACGUGGCAAUUGACGAUGGCACGAUUUUAACUUCAACGAAUAUAUGCCCUUACAAAAAUACGUUUUCCUGUUGAACUAGGCACAGUGAUCUGAUUGUGAUAAUUACUCGUACGAAUAUACAUAUAUUUCACCAUUGCAGUAACUAUCCGAGGUGUUACACCCGCAGUUUAUUCUUUUACGAUUUAUUUAUUUUAUAUUUAUUAUAGACGAUAAGUAGGUAGGUAUUUAAAUUUCUGAUUUUAUCAAGUUGACGCUGUUUUUGCUCUUGGCAUUGUGAUAAGCGAAAUGCCAAAGAAUCUUGACUGUUAAAGAAGAGUUACCGGGUAUUUUUAACUGGGUGAAAUCGUUUGUUGUCGUGUAAUCGAGGCGUAGUAUAUUGGCCUAAAAAAUAUGUAUUGUGGUAUAAAUAUGUGUGGAAAUGUAGAAACUCGGGCGGUUUAAAUUUUUGUACCGUGGAACAUUGAAAUGAAUAAGAUUUACAUAUAUUUACCUAAUUUUUUUCGAUUAUUUAUCGUACGACAUUUUUUUUGUUUACGUUUAGUAAGAAAACUUUUCCGAUAACUACAUAGGUAUCAAAAUCGUUUAUUUUCGGUUUCCGUUGAUGAGCAGAAUGCCGUUGUUGUGUAUAGCGCACAGCCAUUGCUAUAUACAAGUUUAUAGAUAGUCUGAAAUAGACAAUAUAGGUGUAAAAAUUGUCCACAGUCGCAAUUUGUAACAUGAAAUUAUUGGAACCAAAUAAAUAUUAGAAGUGUU